UAAAUAAAUAUUUGUGUGUAUUUCUGUAGGGGAGUAAUGACUAAUAUCAAUAUAUGUGUGAUAAACAAAUUCCACACCAGAGGGAAGACUGGCUCAGGGAACCCAGUGGAGCUGGACUGAGGAGCUGCUACAGAGGUUUAAUUCUGCAUCAAAAUCAGGACUUGGGACAUCACAGAGUCAAACUCAAGAGGCGGGACUUCUUCCAACCUGUGAAACCUGCAUGAGUUCCAAUCAAGCUCUUUAAUCAGAUUGCCUCAGUGAAGUUUUCUCUCCAGCUGUGUGUGUUUGCUUGUUGGCGAGGAAGAAGACGAAUCAGAAGAAGUGACAAAGCAGACCUGAAGGGAAGAAGUUACAGUGCACUGCAUGAUCCGCUUUUGUCACAACAAAUAACGUCAGCUUCGUACCGACACCUUCCUUCUCUCUGGUGGAGAGUGAUGGAGUGAUGAAAAGAGAUGGUUCCUUCAGUGUCAUUCCCCAUGGAAAGGACAGUUAGCUGUGACGGAAGUGCAUCCCUGCCAAACAGCGUCCAGCUGAAGACGGACGCUCAUGCCCCAGAGAACAGGCAGACGUAGCUUUACUGUCACAGCGGCCGGAAGGAAGUGGAGUGUGUCCGCACACACGACACUGCUCACCUCAGCCGUCUCAGCUGCUAAUGGAUGAAGACUUGCCAGACCUCCUCCGGGGGACGGAGAGGAGAAAAACACGCUGCGAACACUAAACUCCAUUUCCCACAAGGCCCGGUGGUUCUGCUGCAAAACAACAGCAAGGACGACAACACCACAAAUCAUGGCUGACAGCGAGCUACCCAGUAGAAUGGGAGACAUGGACGAAUCAAGAGUACCUCUAGAGGAGAGUGAAAGCCCUCUGGAAGAUGCAGAGGAAGAGGCCUCUAGAGAGUCUGAAAGCAUAUAUUCUUCCUCCAUAUAUUCUUCUUCAGAGGAGUUUGAGGAGGAGGAUUUAACUGAAGACGAAUUCUUCGACAUUUUGACCGAGGCCAGGAGUAGAGUCUUUAAUAGGGAUGGUGCUGGGGAUGUCCCUACAGGCGGAAUCUUCGCCAUGCACUAUGAACAACAGCCUAUUGUGUCGCACGGACAUGGCGAUCAUGGAGAUCAUUUUUUUAGAAAUACAGAGAGACUUCAAAUCGUGAGGCGGGAACAGUUCCUCGUUCCAACAAUAAUACUUACUGAGAUUUCUCCAUCAUCAAGCAGUGAGGAUGCUGAAAGUGAGGAGUCUGAGACGCCUCAGCUUGAAGAAAACGUUGAUAUUUCUGGACCAAGCCCAACUCCAGAAAGCAUUGAGGUUGUUGAGGAGGACCUUGUUUACUGCAGUCCGCUUUGUGCUGCAGCUGGAAGGUUAUGCAAAACCAUUGGAGGCAAGAUUCGGAGAGCUUGCCAGUCAGUUCGAAAGAAGCUGAAGAAGUUAUUUCGGAGGAAGGUUGCUGCUUCAUCAUCAGAAGCUCCUGCUUGUUCAUGUUCUGAGUAGAGACGUGAGGAUAUAACAGCAGACGUCUCGCUCCGUGAACAGGUGGAAUCUGAAUCUGUGGAGGCACGGCUCACACUGAAGCAGAGGCUCAGGGCGCUGAGAUUCCCCAAGUUUAAGAUCUUGAGAAAGCCUACAAGGGUCCAACCUAUGUAGAUGACCUUCACAUCUCCCAAUAUAUAAAAUAUAUAAAAAUGCUGAAAGGAAAGUGUUUUUAUAUAUUUAAACAACGGAAGAGAAUGAGUCAAGAUCUAAACUGGAGAAGAGAGUUUUCAUCAUUGUCUUCACAACUCCUCAACAGAGAAGCACACACAAUCAUUUUUUUAGAUUAUUAGUAGUAUACACAAUAAUGCUGAUAAGUCCAGUUCAUGUAUUCACCGACUUUAGACUUUUUAAAACAAUAUACCUUUUCCAAAUAACUGUAAUGUCUCUUGUCAGUAUCAUGUUAUUUUGAACCUGGAUGAAGUAGCCUGGAGGGAUGAGUCUGGAGGAGUGACCUGGACCAGUGGCCUGGACGAGUUAUCCAGCAUGACCUGAGGAGGAUGGGUUCCUCUUUUGAGCCGUGGUUCCUCUCAAGGUUACUUCCUCUUGGUCUGAGGGAGUUUUUCCUUGCCCCUGUUGCUCAAAAGAGGCUGGAAACCAGAUCUGGAGCUGGAGGAGAGAUCUGGAGAAGAAAGCUGGGCAGAGUCUCUGUAUUGGUCUUUCAACAUAAAUAAAGAGCUGCUCUGUA